AAUUUGACAAUAAACCAAUCAGAUGCAAGUUGACAAAGGACAUUGUUUUGGGAAUUCUAAAUUCGCGCCGUUCUCUUAAAAUCAUACUUCUUCAAGAAUUCCGACAAUAUAACAUUUCUAUCCACAUCAACUGACAGAAGUGUGUACAAAAACAAAAUCGGAGUCACUGAGGAUCCAUUUAGUCUGAAAAUUUCGAGUAUUACACCAAGAACACUGAAGAAUUAGCCUCUGAAAGAUUACAAAUGCACUGACCAGUGUUAGAAUGCCGAAGCACUUUAGUAAAGCUGUGAAGUCACGGCCUGUCGUGGCCUACCCACCUGGAUGUAAGGAAUUGACUCAUGAACUCAAUAAAGAUGAGCUCGUUAAAAGACUCAAGUGUUUGGCUCGAGCGUUCCAAGAGAUGGGACAAGAGGAGACAACAUAUGGUAAUCUUGCCAUCUAUCUGGCGAGUGACUUCUUCCUGGACCACACCAGUAAAGAUGUACGACUUCUAGUUGCAUGUUGUGUAGCUGAUGUCUUCAGGAUAUUUGCACCAGAGGCACCUUAUAAUGAACCUGGUCACCUCAAGGAGAUCUUUCUGUUCCUAGUGAAACAGUUGAGAGGACUUGAAGACCCAGAGGCGCCCUCUUUUAAGCGAUACUUCUACUUAUUAGAGAACCUUGCCUGGGUGAAAUCAUUUAACAUUUGCAUAGAGUUAGAGGAUAACCAGGAGAUCUUCUGUAACCUUUACAAACUCAUGUUUUCCAUUGUCAAUGAGAAGCAUUCAACUAAAGUAAAGAACUUCAUGUUGGACAUGAUGUGUCCACUGAUCACAGAGGCUGAUUCUGUAUCCCAGGAACUUUUGGAUAUCAUUCUUCUGAACAUUAUCGAGCCUCAGAAAAGUGAGAAUCACCAGGCGUACAAUCUCGCCAAGGACCUCAUUAAAAGAACCAGUAAUGCAAUAGAGCCAUAUAUACAGACGUUUUUCAACAAUGCACUGAUGCUGGGAAAGACAUCAGAGAGUGAAUUGUCGAACUACAUCUUCAAGUUGAUCUAUGAGCUGAACACAAUAUCUCCCAGUGUAUUAUUAGCCGUACUCCCACAAUUGGAGUUCAAAUUAAAGAGUAAUGACGUUGAUGAGAGGAGACAAGUUUCUAAGUUGUUGGCUAAGAUGUUUUCUGAUAAAGAUUCUGACCUGGCUACUCAGAACAAACCACUUUGGAACUGCUUCAUAGGAAGGUUCAAUGAUAUUGAUGUUUCUGUGAGAGAAGUUUGUGUGAAAAGUGCAGAGAAUUUUCUGGUGAAUCACCCACCUUUACAGAAAGACAUAUCAGAGGCUUUAAAAUCUCGUAUUCAUGACAUCGAUGAGAACAUCCGUUCUGAAGCAGUUGGUGUGAUAGUGUCAGCAGCCAAGCAAGAUAUCUCCACCAUUAAUGAGGACCUAGUCAUAUGCCUCAAAGAUAGAACACUGGAUAAAAAGUUCAAAAUUCGCCGUGAAGCUCUGCUAGGACUUGGUCAAGUGUAUAAGAAGAUCAUGGCCACUGACAGCCCUCUAGCCAACAAACUGGGAUGGGUGAAGGAUAAAAUCUUACAUGCCUACUACCAGCAGAAUGUAGAUGACAGGCUAAUUGUAGAAAGGGUUUUCAACACAUGUCUGACCCCCUAUAAUCUCAAGCCAAAAGAGCGCAUGACUGCACUGUUUAAACUAUUCGCUACUCUUGACGAACGGUCCACUAAGGCAUUCAACGAGAUGUUACGUACACAGUUCAAUGCGAGACAAAACGUUUCCCAAUUACUGGAAUUACACAGCAAAGACCUCACUGAUGAGGUUGUAGCUAAAAAUAUGAACAUAAAGAUAUUACAACUCCUCCGGCAUCUACCUGAUGGAGGUAAACAGAGAGAGGCCCUCACAAAGUUUAAUAAAAUCAUACAUGACGACUCUAGGAUAAGACUGUUAAUGAAAAAUCUCGUUCAACCCCACUUUAUGUGUAAGAAGGCAGAAGAGCAUGUGAAUGAGAUCCUAAAGAAGCUUGGCAGUAACCCUACUCUAUACAAUGUUGCUAAGGUGCUACUAGAACGUAUAGCUCCUGUAUUGAUAGACCAGGAGGCCAUCAAGGCUCUAGUAGAGCUCGUACAAGAGGCAGUUGACGGCAUAGAUUCAUGUGUUAAGGAUGUUGACAGACCAGGAGAAAUUGGCAUGAAGCUGUUACUGACAUUAUCAUUUGUGUUCCCUGGUAGUUUUCAUAGUGUGGAAGUCUAUGAAACACUACUGACUCUACUUAAACAUGAGGACGAUGUCAUCCCUGAUAUUGCGCUACAGAUAUUCACUAAUGCUGGUCAAGACCUGCAGGAAAACUUCUCAAAUGUCUUCUCGAGCUUGCUACCAGUAUUACAAAGUGUUAUCAAGAUUGGCACUCCAAAACAAGCCAAACAUGCAGUGAAAUGUAUUGAAGUUCUCUGUACCAACAAGUCUGCCAUCUAUGAACAAGUGUUUGAGUAUUUAAAGAAAUCUCUGACACACGAGUCAGCCAAUCUGAUCACAGCCCUUGUGUCUCUGGGUCACAUCGCACAGAUCUGUCCUGCUGAAUUUGGGGCACAAAUGAAGGCUAUCGUCACUAAAGUCAUUGUCAAGGAAAUUCUCAUGCAGGAUCUAGCCCAGAACAGGAAUUGCAAGGAAAAGUGGCUCCCUGAGCAUCGGGUUUCUGAUGAGACUCAAGCUAAGGUCCAGUCAAUGAAGAUGAUGGUCAGAUGGUUACUAGGGUUACGGAGUAAUGCCACCAACUGUGGCAGCUCAACUUUACGUCUUUUAUUCACAUGUAUAAAGAAUGAUGGGGAUCUUAUGGAAAAGGGCUUAAUUUGUGAGGCAGAGAAGGCGCGAUUGAGGCUGACUGCUGGGUGCUGUGUUUUGAAAAUUGCCCAAGAUACUUCUUACACUGAAUCCUUGACAAAUGAACAGUUCCAGACUGCAGCUCUUCUAAUAAAUGAUAGGAAUUACGAGGUUCGCUCCCAGUUUGCAGAAAAGCUUCAUAAGGGCCUAAUGUCAUUGAAGCUUCCUCUGCAGUUCCUCUCUAUUUUCUCGCUAGUCGGCCUUGAGCCAAUGAAAGAGAAACGUCUCCACCUAAAGCAAUGCCUAGUGGCUAAUAUAACACAGCGGAAAGCUUAUCUAAGACGAAAUCCUGCUGCACACAAUAAAAUCUAUUCCAUCCUACCUGAAUAUACUAUGCCAUAUGUUGUCCACCUGUUGAGUCACGACCCCGAAUACAAGCAAUACAACGAUACAGAGUCACUCACGCAAAUAAAAGACUGUCUGUGGUUUAUACUUGAACCUCUACUGGCCAAGAUGGAGACUGACAACUACAACUUCUUUAAGAAAAUGUUUGAAAACAUCAAACAGACCAAAGAUGCCCAAUGUCCAGAUGUGGAGGAUGCCAAUAAGAAACUGUAUGCUGUAUGUGAUCUUGCUAUGGGUCUUGUACUGAGCAAAUGUACCACGACUACCAUGAAAGACCAUCCUGUUGAUCCUGUACUUCCAGCCCAGCUAUUCACACAGGUCAAUAAGAAAUACACCAACACCAAGAUCUACCUUCCCAAGGAGUUUGAAUUUCUCUCACCUAGGAGAGGCAAGACUGGUGUCUCCUCGAUGCAGAUGGUCAGUCCACCCACUAAAGCUCCCAUAAGCCCAAUGUCUGCCAGUAGUUCUCCACCCAUGUCACCAGAUGCUGCUCCAAAGAAAACUCAAAAGUCAACCCUUACACAAAGUAAACGAAGUGCCUCUGAAGAGAAUGAGCCUAAAGCAGCAAAACCUGAUUCCACAAAACGUAGCAAACCAAAAGAUUCGGAGGACACUGAAAAUGUUGUACAAAACAGUCCUAAAAAAGCAACGAAGAAAAGAAAAACUGCUCAAACUGAGGUUAAAAAAUCUGAUAAAAGUGACUCUAAAAAGAAAGAUGUUAAAAGUAAAUCUAAAACAAAAAUGAAAUCACCCCCUAGUGGAAAUAAAUCUAUCACAGACUAUAUGAAGCCAAAAGAAAAGGACACUAAAUCAGUGACAAAAACCUCAGAUAAAGAUUCCAAAAACCCUCAGCGAAAUGGACUUGAUAAAGACAAGAAAUUGAAAAAUAAGGCAGUUCCACAAUCCUCUAGUAGGGAAACUAGAUCUACACCAACUAAACGUAGACCCGGAGACUCUCAAGUUACAUCACCACGACGUGCGGCAGCUAGCUCACCAAGUGGCUCUCCUGUAGGUAGCCGUAAGAGAUCAGCAAGUUCUACGCCAGAAGAAAGUCCCGCUAAAAGAGGACGACCAAGCCCAGUGAAACCAACCAGGGGAGCAGCUGUACGCAACUUGGCCAAGGAAGUAGCCAAAGCCAAGAAAACAUUGGCCAAAUCACCCAGAAACUUCACCCAGAAAUCUCCCACCUCAUCUCCAGCUAAAUCGACAAGAUCAAGUAGCAGCAGUUCUCCAAGGAAAGUCAAGGAGCAGACAAAGAAGAACUAUCACAUGAGGAAUAAGGCCAAUGUGAGGCGUGCCCCAGUAGCCAAUGGGACAUCAGAUGGUGAGGAUCAAGAGACGCCAGACAACGACACACCCCUCAGCCCCUCACCUCGUAAGGCUGCUGCCCUAGCUAAGGCCAUAGAAACUGUGGGUACAGAGAGUGGAGAUGAACUCAAUGUUAAAAGGAAAAGAAGUAAGCGCCUCAAAAGAUGAUACAACUACAACAUGUAGAAGUCAAUGACUGCUGUAUAUACAUGUACAAGGCUGUAU